UCUUAGGGACAAACUUUCAAAAUUGAAGCAGGAAAAGGAUAAUAUCAAAGAAGAAAUUCAUCGUAGUAGUCCUGAACUUCAUAAGUUAGAAAAAGCUAUUACUGAAAGGGCUUCAAAGAUCUUGUCACUAGAGAAGAGGAUCAAUGAGAUUGUCGACCGGAUCUACAAGAAAUUUAGUGAGUCUGUUGGGGUGACGUCAAUCAUUUGAAGGAGGAAGUAAAGGAAUGGAAGUUCAAGUCAGAAGUUUGUGAGAAGGAUAUUCAGGAAUGGAAGAAGAAGAUUUCUAAUGCUACGACAAGCAUAAGCAAACUUAAUCGUCAAAUAAAAUCAAAGGUAUGAAUUGUUUAUGGAAGCUUUCAACCACAUUUCUGGUAUUAUUGACAAAAUCUACAAACAACUUACGAAGAGUAGCACGCACCAGCUUGGGGGGACAGCAUAUUUGAACUGAGACAAUGAGGACGAACCAUUCUUACAUGGCAUCAAAUACACUGCUAUGCCGCCAACAAAGCACUUCCGUGAUAUGGAACAGCUAUCUGGUGGGGAGAAGACUGUUGCAGCACUUGCAUUACUUUUCUCCAUCCACAGGCCACUAAAGAAUAGAUGGAGCAAUGAAGAAUUAAUGCUUGCUACUGGGACUGGAGGAGUAACUCGUCUUCGACACGAUUUAAAACUCUGCAGUGCAUACCUCUGCAGUGCAUACCUUGGAGUUCAUGUGUGGGACCUUCUUACUGAAAAACUUUUACAAACUCGAGCUUUUCCACUACCAAUUACUGUAAUAGUUGUUGAUCCAACAGAGAUGAAGUUAUUUUCUGGUGGUAUAGGUUACUAGUGGAUAUUUCUUUUUUGUAUACGGAGGACAUCAUUUUUGUAUGAUUAUCUGUUUGUAUGGAAUUAUUAUUUUGGGUUGGAUUAUAUUUGGUUUGUAUAGAAUUUGAUGUUACAAGACCAAAUUUUUGGAUGGUUG